AACAGAUUUUCCCCUACGGCUAUUUUACUGCUGUCACUUAAGGAACUGACUUAAAAGCAGUGGGAGAUUUAGCUACGCAUUUUAAAGUAAUAUUUAAUGACACUGUACUGACUCGUGGACUAUUAACUUAUUUGUUUUAUUCUCAAAUUCUAGUUUAACUUUCACUUUAAAUCUCAUCCCACAGUAAAGGCCAGUUUCAUUUUUUUUGGUUCGCUCCAGUGAACAAAUUUAUGGAAGCAGAGCCUCUUCUUACUGGCAGCAUUAAUCGCAGUUCGGCCGACUACGGGUCCCCGGAAAAUGUUCACAUUGACCGGAGAUCCCCAAAGACGCGGCGGUUGUCUUAUUCAGUGGCUGAAGAGUCGUGUAAGGUAGAAGGCGAUGAAGAGGCGCUGUACGUGCAGCAAGCUGUGGUGUUCAUUGAAGAUGCCAUCCAGUACCGCUCCAUCAACCACAGGGUAGAUGCCAGCUCCCUGCGUCUGUACAGAUGGUACUAUUCCAGACUGUGCCAGUGGGGUCUGGGCGUGGCCAUCGCGGUGAUCCUGGCGCUGGCUUUUGUAGAGCGGCCCUCUUCGCUGUCCUUGUCCUCCGACCCCCGCAUCCGGCUCUCACCCUGGGAGCCCCCAUGUGGCCUGACGGAGGGCAUCGAGAUGGUCUGCCUAGCCAUCUUCACCCUCGACCUCGCCGUCAAGAGCUAUCUGAUUGGCUGGGAGGAGUUCCGGAAGAACAAGUGGCUUAUCGGCUACAUCGUGGUCAUCUCAGCGUCUGCAAUUGAUUGGACGGUGUCUCUGAGCUUGAUCUGUGAUGAGAGUUUGAGAGUGAGGAGGCUGAUCCGUCCCUUCUUCCUCCUGCAAAACUCCUCCCUGAUGAAGAAGACCUUGAAGUGCAUCAAGAGAACACUGCCAGAAAUAGCCAGUGUGAUCUUGCUCCUGGCGCUGCACCUGUGUCUGUUCACCAUGAUAGGCAUGCUGCUGUUUGCUAAAAGAGAGGACCCAAAAGAAAAUGGAGAGUGGGAGACAUACUUCAAAGACCUGCCUACCUCUCUUUCCUCUCUGUUAGUCCUUCUCACCACCGCCAACAACCCUGAUGUGAUGAUUCCAGCUUACUCUCUAAACCGAGGAUACUCCAUCUUCUUCAUCCUCUUCAGUGGAUUUGGAACCUACUUCCUAAUGAACUUACUGACUGCCAUCAUCUACAACCAGUUCAGAGGAUACCUGCUGAUGUCCAUGCAGACGUCCAUCCUCAGGAGGAGGCUGGGCAUCAGGGCUGCCUUCUCCGUGCUCGGCUGGCAGGGCUGCGGAGAGGAAGACACACACACUCCCGAACACACAGAGCGUGUGAGGGUGGAUGCUGUGCUGCAGGUCAUGUCCAGGGUCCAGAUGAAAGACUAUUACAAACAAGCCAUCAUCAGGGAAGUGAAGCAGUACUCUGAUGGUUUCGUCCAAUGGGAAGCAUUCAGGAAGUUGUUUGAUGAGCUUGACAAGGACCGUAUCAAAGAGCACCCAGCCAUGCCCCAGUAUAGCGCCCCCUGGAUUCAGAUGCUCCAGAGGGUGUUCAGUCAUCAUUAUAUCACCGUGGUGGGCAAUGGUGUGGCCCUGGCCAACGUCAUCUGUAUCUGCUCCAUCCUGGUCCUGGAUUCAGAGAAGUCAAUCUCAGAGAGAGACGACUACUACAUGGAGGUGAUCAACUGUUUCUUCAUCCUGUACUACCUGCUGGAGAUGUGUAUGAAGAUCCUAGCCUUGGGCUGGAAAGGCUACAUCUCCUACAGGAACAACAUCUUCGACGCCUUCCUGACUGUGCUGCUGCUGGGCCUCCAGAUCGCCAUCCUUGCCACCUACAGGCUUCCUUAUCCUAAGUGGAACCCCGAGUCGCGAGGCAUCAUGUCUCUGUGGGACAUGGUGCGUCUGGUCAACCUCCUCAUCGUGGUCCGCUUCCUCCGCAUCAUACCUGACAUCAAGCUGAUGGCCCUGGUAGCCAGUACCUUGGUGGACCUGGUGAAGAACCUGCGGGCGUUUGCUGGCAUUCUGGUGGUGGUGUACUAUGUGUUUGCUGUUCUGGGGAUCUGGCUGUUCAAAGGUGCCAUCACAGCUCCAGGCCAAAUGAGUGACAUCUCUAACUCCAGCAUGGAGAACAUCCCUAACUUCACCAUGGAAUGUGGCUCCUAUGAACAGUUGGGAUACUGGCCUAACAACUUUGACGACUUUGCCUCCUCCAUUGUACUUCUGUAUAACAUCAUGGUGGUCAACAACUGGCAGGUCUUUAUGGACGCCUACACCAGAUACACCACAGAGUGGUCCAAGGUGUACUUUGUAUCCUGGUGGCUCACCUCUUCAGUCAUGUGGGUCAACCUGUUUGUGGCUCUCAUUUUGGAGGUAGGGUAUCUACUUCAGCUCAUCUUCAUCCUGCGCCCCCUCCUUCCUUCUCAUUUGUCUAACCUCUGCAUAGUUUCCUCUGAUCACAUCUCCUUACAGAGGCCAUUAUCGACCAUCGAGACAGCUGAGCUGCAACCUCGACUAGCAGACUGUGGAUCUGGUUUCCUCAGCAAGCCUCUGUAA